CUAUUAGAUCCAACGAAAAGUCCUUCUGUACUUGCAGCCGAGCUAGGAGCUAAGCAUACGUAACAAUCGCAUAUUGCAGUAAUGGAUACGUCGUCACCAUGGCUAUCGGAACUGGAAAUACAAGAUCAAGGAUUCGUCAAUCAACUUCAGAUGAUUAGACCUUAUUACGUGGUGGCAGACUUCAGUCUUGAUUCAUUUUCCUCAGAAAGCAACAGCAAGAACCCAUCUUUUCCAGAUCAAGGUUUUAAAUCUCCAUCGAUCAUCAAAGAAACAACCAAUAUCAAUACGCUGCAUAGUUAUAAAAGCAUCAAUGAUAUUAACAACAACUAUACUCCAACUGAUGAAAAACCAAAGCCAAAGCCCCUUCCAAAUACUCCCAACACUUUUACUAUAUCAUUCGGAGAUCAAAAACCUAAAGAUGAGUUCAUCCUUUUAAGCGAUUCAUUGGGUUGCACAACUGGAACAAAAAAGGGUACGACUGUGAUCAGGAAUCGAAUUCAGCUUCAAGACCAUAUGCUGGCUGAGAGGAAGAGAAGAGAAAAGUUGGCCCGAAGAUUUCUUUCUUUGUCUGCUCUACUUCCUGGCCUGAAGAAGAUGGAUAAAGCAGCUAUCUUAGAAGACGCAUCUAGUUAUAUACGAGAACUUCAAGGUCGCGUGAAGGAACUUGAGGGAUUACCAGACAUGAAGGUAAUAAAUAUGCAACCGACUGUCUCUGCAAAGAAAUCAAAACUUACUUGUAGCAAUGAUGAUGGUUCUUGGUCUUCUGAUGAAGAAAAUUUUGGAGAAAUACGUAGUCCUUACAAUCCAGAGAUCGAAGUGAGGAUGUCAGGAAGCAGUGUCAUAGUGCGAAUCUACUGCGUGAAGAACUAUGUGUCAUUAGUCAAAGUGUUUGACGAAAUGGAGAAGCUUGGUCUUUCAAUCACGAGUAGCAGCACAUUGCCAUUUGGAAGUACCACUAUUCUUAUCACCAUAAUUGCUAAGAAGGCGAAUGACUUCUUCAUGACAUCAACGGAUCUUGUUAACAACUUGCAACUAGCUAUAUGAACUUCAUGAACCAGAAGAUUGUCCACUGACGCAUGACUUUUCUUCUUCCUUUUUUUUUUUCAAUACUCAGAAAAAAAAACCCUACAUGAGUCUGAGUAAUAACUAGGGUGGACUUUUGUUAAUCUGCUUAAUGACAAAACUUGUUAAUUCACGAACUAGCCUACAUGUAAUUUAACCUGAACAUGCUUCAUCCUACUUGGUAAAAUUUUAUUAUUAUCCUCGUGUUUAGGUACCUCCGAGUGCUCCUGAAGAAGUGCCUCGGUACUAGUUGUUAAAUUCUGCCUGUC